CAGGGUGGUGAUUCCCUAGCUCAACUUGGAAAAGGAGGAGCAGUUCUGAUGGUGUGCAGGACUUGUGGAAAGAAAGGUGAUCACUGGACAUCAAGAUGCCCAUACAAGGAUUUGGCAAUGCCAACUGAUGGCUUCGUUGAUAAAUCAACUGUUGCUGCUGGUCAAGACACAACUGCUGCUUCUGGAACUGCCACCAAGGGAGGUGCUGAAAGGCCUGCAGCCGGAUCUAAUAUGAGGAGAAGGAAUGAUGAGAACUCUGUCUGUGUGACUAAUUUAUCAGAAGACACUCACGAGCCUGAUCUUCACGAACUCUUCAGGACCUUUGGAUCUGUUAUCCGUGUCUAUGUUGCCAUUGAUCAAAAGACUGGCAUGAGAAGAGGUUUUGGUUUGGUUAAUUUUUCCAACAGGGAAGAUGGUGAGAGGGCAAUAGCUAAGCUCAAUGGGUAUGGCUAUGACAAUCUUAUAGGUCAAACUUUCAUCGAGCAUUCUCAAAAGAAUUAGAGAUUUCGGCGUUAAACUUAAGUUAUCCCCGGUUAGAACGGUUUUGGAAGGAAAGAGGGUAGUGGACGACUCGAUUGUACGUGGAACCACCUCUACAAAGAUCGUGAGGAUGUUAAACCCUAAACCUAAACCACUAUUGGGGUUAAAAGGAAAAUGAAUGAAA